AUGCCAGAAAAUUUCUUCACAGUAGUUGAAAUACCUCAACAGAAGGCUAUCAAGCUUCAUAAGCCAUGGUUGGACUCUCUUCUUCAUCGUUCUGGGGCUGUUCUCUUCAGAGGUUUCCCUUUAACCACCGCUUCUGACUUCAAUGACGUUGUCGAGGCCUUUGGCUACGAGGAACUGCCGUAUAUCGGCGGCGCUGCGCCUCGGAACAAAGUUGUUGGCCGGGUUUUCACGACCAAUGAGUCGCCUCCGGAUCAGAAAAUCCCUUUUCAUCAUGAAAUGGCUCAGGUGCCCGUGUACCCAUCGAAGUUGUUUUUCUUCUGUGAAGUAGAACCUGCUAGUGGGGGAGAAACUCCUAUAGUUCUUAGCCAUAUCAUAUAUGAGAAAAUGAAUGAGAAGUACCCAGAGUUUGUUGAAAAAUUGGAAGAGCAUGGAUUGAUCUAUACGCGAGUGCUGGGAGAGGAGGAUGAUAAUUCAUCCCCAAUCGGUCGUGGGUGGAAGUCGACUUUUUUGACCCAAGACAAAACUGUGGCUGAGGAAAGGGCUGCUAAGCUAGAAGUGAGGUUGGAAUGGAUGGAGAAUGUAGUGAAAACCAUAAUGGGCCCAAUCCCAGCAAUCAAGUUCGAAAAGACGCGGCAGCGCAAGAUUUGGUUCAACAGCAUGGUGUUUGCUUACGCAGGCUGGGAAGAUGCAAGAAAUAAUCCUGUGAAAGCAGUCACCUUUGGGGAUGGAAGCCCCUUACCAGGUCAUAUCGUAUAUGACUGCCUGAAAAUACUUGACGAGGAAAGCGUUGCCAUACCUUGGCAGCAAGGUGACAUUCUGCUGGUGGAUAAUUUGGCAGUUUUACACUCUCGACGGCCUUUUAACCCUCCUCGCCGCAUUCUAGCUUCACUCUGCAAGUAG